GGUUACUUAUAAGCCUGUGCGGAGAAAGUUACAUUAAAGUGUUCCGAGAGUUGGUGUUGUAAGUGUUUAAGUGCUGGAGUUCCUGAAGGCUCUUCGAGAUGAGGACACUUUGCAUAACUCCCGCAUUAUUCAUCUCUUUAAUUGCUGCUCAGGUGGUCUUCAGCGAUCCAACGCCACAAGCCACGAGACCACGGUUUAUUGAUGGUCCUCUCUUGCAACCACAGAGACCAGGUGGGGGAGGGCCGCGCCCCCACCCUAGUUUCAGUCCAGGUGGGCUCAGGCGCCCCAGACCAAAUCUGCGAAAUCUCUCAGAAGAGAGAGAGCAGCACCAAGGGACUGGCCAGUUGCCUCUGAAUCCAAGGCCUACCUUUGAUUCCCCAGAGUUUAAUGGCCCCGAACAGGAAGAGGAGCUGGAAGGAGGCUUUGUACCAAUAGCACCAAGAGAUCAACCUGACGAAGAGGUCGCAGGGGAUCAACCUCUAAAUAAUCCCCCACCUCCAUCAGAGGAGCAGAGCUCCCCAGAACCAACCAUUCAUUCAACUCUGGCCCCACAGAAACAUCCGGUAGAGCCAAGCCAGAAUCCUUUCAACCGCUCGCCUGAACGCCCGAUACCACAGAGCCGCGAAGAGCCUACUUUUCCAAGAGAGCCACUCUUUGCUGACCCAAGUGAUUCUCCGUUUACCCGUGGGCUUGAAGAACAACAAACGCAAGAGAUAGAGUUCCUGUCUGCUCCUCCACCAGCAACUAUUCGUAAACGCAACACAGUUAGGCCCCGUCGCCCCGUCCACCCAAAUCAGAUCCCAGAAUACCACGAAGUGUACAACCAAAACGGUGAACUAAUCCAACCCGGCCAAGAAGGAGAAGAGGAGGAGGAAGAGGAGCCUGAUCGCCUUGCAAUCCUCCUCCUCGACUCCAAGUUCUCCUGCAUUGACAAGAAUAACGGUUACUACGCUGACGAAGACGUCAACUGCGAAGUCUUCCACUACUGCCAGGACACCGUCAAGCACUCUUGGCUGUGUCCAGAAGGCGCCUCUUUCCAUCAGGUCCACCUCAUUUGCAUGCCCCGUUCGGAGGAUAACAUUUGCGAGAGGUCAUCGACCUUCCAUUUCGUAAACGAUUUUCUGUACAAGGAACUUGAAGGCCCCAACAAGACCUACGCGGAUCGUUAUUAUCCAGAGGGUUUCGCUGACAGAGGAAGUACCGUUAAGCUGCAAGCCGUAGCGCCCUCUGGAAAUGAAUACCAGACGGUCCAGCAAGUUGCCAGAUUUCCAGUGACCCAGAAAAAUCGUCGGCCAGUCAUCGUUCAGGACCAAGGUCCUCCAGUUUAUCAGCCAUUGGCUGAAGGACAGCACGUAGGACAGUCCUUCCAGCCAUCGCAGAUAAACGAUAGAGUUCAGCACGGACUGCCAGAGUUUCAGUCUUCAGACCAUUUCUCCGGAUUAAUUGGACAGCAGACUUCGGCUUCGUUCGAGCCCACGCCUGAUUUUGGCGAUGGUCAACGUCCAUUUGCUGCUUUCCAUUCACCCGAAGAAGUGUUGGUGCAGAGACCUCCACCUCGAGCACAAUUCAGGCCAGGCAGGAGACCUGGAAACCCGAACAGGCAUCCAGUUCAAAUAGGAUAAGGGGCUUAGGGGAGACUUCGUCGUACCUCCCAAAUUACAAGUGGCUUGAUGUUAUAUAGAAUGCUUGAAGGGUAUGGAAAGUUAAUUUCCAAGAGGCUUUCCCUUUAGGGCAUAUUAGUGGAAAUAUUAUCAUGCCAAAAUACUCACAGAAUAGAGACGAUUUGCGUCCCCACUCUUGUACAGUGCUCAUUCACGAGUGCACGUCGGUCCUUUUGUUUGUAGUUCUCAUAAGAGUAAUGAAUUAAGGUGGACUUAAAGACCUGGCGUGCAUGGGAUCACUUGCUAAUGUUUUCCUUAUUCCUUAUUUAUGAAAUGUUGGACAGCACAAGAUGUAUUUUAGUCUAGCAUUCUCUCCAAAUUCCAUACAUGUAUAUCCUACUAUUAAGUUAUGUUCAUGUUUGUUUAUUCUUAUUUAUAAGGUCGCUGGUCGGCCCUUGUUGCUCUUAUGUAAAUUGUUGAUCGAGAAAAUAUGAAGAUAUUGUGUUUUCCAAAAGACAAGGAUCUACCAGAC